AUGUAUCUUCUUGUUACCGCGUUUGCUAUGAAGGAUCUUGGCCCCUUAAGCUAUUUCCUCGUUAUUGUCGUUACACGCCAUUCUGGAGGUCUAUUUCUAUUUCAACAGACGUAUGCUCUCGAGAUCAUUGAAAAAGUAGGUAUGACAUCUUGUAAACUGGUUCCCACUCCCGUGGAGACCAAGGCCAAGUUGGGUACUGAUUCUUGUGCUCCUUUCACUGACCCAACUCACUAUCAAAGCCUUGUUGGUGCUUUACAAUAUCUUACCUUCACUCGAAUCAACAGUACUUACAUAGUUCAGCAAGUCUAUCUUCAUAUGUAUGACCUAAAAGAAUCUCACAUGUUGCCUCUAAAGCGAAUUCUCUACUACCUUCAAGGUACACUCGAGUUCGGUCUACAUCCUUACAAAACCUAUAUCACCAGCCUCGUUUCUUUCAUCGACCCUGAUUGGGGUGGAUGUCUGAACACUCAACGCUCUACAAGCGGCUAUUGCAUUUUUCUUGGCGACAACCUACUUUCUUGGUUUUCUGAAUGGCAACCUACGCUCUCUCGAUCUAGCACCGAGGCCGAAUAUCGAGGGGUUGCUAAUGUUGUUUCUGAAUCAUGUUGGCUUAGAAACCUCUUACUGGAAUUUCAUUUCCCCCGUCUUAAAAGCUACCUUGGUCUACUAUGA